AUGGCCUCAGCGACGGCGGCACCCCGCCCUGCGACGCCCGUGGCGAAUGGCGGGGUUUCGAACCUGCCUGCGCCCGACGCUGUCCACGCGAACGGACACCAUCACCACCACCAUCAUCACGACAACCGACCCGCACCCGCGCCCCCGGCGCCUGCUGCUGCCGCGGUCCCUGGCAAGAAGGGGAAGCAGAAGAAGGCACCCGAGCCGACCGAGGCGUCAAAAUUAAUUGCGCAGAGGAUUUCUCAACUCGAGCUCGAUGCGGCCGGCGAGAAGGAUCAGGAGGCUGAAAUCGAGCGAGAGGUUAGGAAGGCGAAUCGGGAGCUGCACAGCCAGACAUCAAAAAUGAGCGACUUGCAGAAGAUAGAGCACCUCACGAAACGAUGCUCCGACCUCCUUUCGGAUAUGAAGCGACACGAGCGCGAGAGCAUUAAGAAUAAGAAGCGCGGAGACCAGUUGCAAAAGGAUAAGGACAACAGCAGGAACGAGCUCAACAAGACGGUGUCUCUCAAGGAGAAACUGGAGAAGCUUUGCCGAGAGCUACAGAAGGAGAACAACAAACUCAAGAACGAGAACAAGACACUUUCCGAUACACAGGUCCGAAGCCAAAAUUCCUGGGACGAGCGAUAUUCAGGACUCCUCCGGCGAAUGGACGAUUAUCAAGAGGAAAAGGACAGUCCGCGAAAACAGGUGAUCGAGAUGGAGGUGGAGGAACUGUUUUGUCAGCGAUUUAAAUCGUUUAUCGAUCAGUACGAGCUCCGCGAACUGCACUUCCACUCGCAGAUGCGGACCAAGGAACUUGAGGUGCAGUAUAAUCUCGCGCGGUUCGAGCGCGAGAAGAAGAACUACGAGGCAGAACUGGGACGGUCUCGGCAGCUAAACGCGCAGGUGCAAACCUUCUCAAAGACGGAGACGGAGCUCCGGCAACAGCUCAACGUCUAUGUGGACAAGUUCAAACAGGUCUGUCCCGGGCGCCCCGGCAGGCCGAGCGCGCAGACUGACGGCCGGGCACAGGUCGAGGAUACGCUGAACAACAGCAACGACCUCUUCAUGACGUUUCGGAAGGAGAUGGAGGACAUGUCCAAGAAGACGAAACGGCUGGAGCGCGACAACGAGACGCUCAAACGCAAGCACGAGCAGGUCAACGGCAACAUCAUCAAAAUGGCCGAGGAACGUAACAAGAACCUAGGCGAGAUCGACGACCUGCGCAAGAAGCUAGACAAGCUCAACGGCAUCAUCAAGCAGAUGCAGCAGCAGGGUCGGGGCAUCCCGCCUGGGCUGACGGGAACGGUCGAGAACGGGUACGCCGAGGGCGACUUGGAAGGGGACGAGAGCGAGUACGAAGAUGAGGAGGAGGAAGAGGAGGGGGAGGACGAGUAUGACGACGAGGGUGAAGAAGAGGAGGGGAGCGACGAAUACGACGACGAGACCGAAGACGAGCUGCAUCACCAUCACCAUCACCAUCACCACAACAACCAACAGCAGCAACAACAACAACUACUACUACAACAGCAACAGUCCCAACCCCAACCGUACGGCCCUGAACGACCGCCCCCGGCGCCGGUCGCUGCGACCACUAACGGGCACCGUUAG